CUCGCAGAAGGCGGGCGGGUCACGGGAAAGAGAGGAACUUGAGCUCGUGUGCGCGUCCGGGUGCGGGAGCGCGGAGCUGUUCGGUGGUGAACCGGUUCAUUAAGUAGCGGGCAAGGAGCAGAGCGCGAGCCGCUGAAGGGAGGAAGGAGGGAAGGAAGCGAGCACGUGGAGAGACGCGGGACGAUCGCGGUGAAACGAUGAAGAUCAGAUGAGCGCGUGACCCGGUAAAACUGGUUCUAGUUCUGCUCGAAGGAAGCCGAAGCGAAGGGCUCUGCGCGGCGACCCCACAUCGUUCCUACCUUCAGAGCUUCGGAGCUACACUGUCAGAGAAUCAGAGCUUCAGACCUUUUAGUCUUGGCGCUUUAGACUGUCAGCGAAUCAGAGCUUCAGACUCUGACCUAGACUCUCAGAGCUUCAGACCUUUAGAGCUUUAGACUGUCAGCGAAUCAGAGCUUCAGACUCUGACCUAGACUCUCAGAGCUUCAGACCUUUAGAGCUUUAGACUGUCAGCGAAUCAGAGCUUCAGACUCUCAGACCUUUAGACUCUCCGAGAAUCAGACCUUUAGACUCUUAGAGCUUUAGACUGUCAGCAAAUCAGAGCUUCAGACUCUCAGAGCUUCAGACCUUUAGACUCUUAGAGCUUCAGACUCUCAGGUCUUUAGACUCUCCGAGAAUCAGACCUUUAGACUUAGAGCUUUAGACUGUCUCAGACCUUAUUAGACUUUCACUGAAUCAGAGCUUUAGACUCUCAGAGCUUCAGUCUCUUAGAACUUUUGUAUAAACAGCCUCCAGGAGAUCUUGCAGAGAACAUGAAGGUUCACAAAGGGAUCUUCUAGGUGUUGCACGAGUUACACCUGUUGCAGCGAUGGGGAGCUGCAGGAAUGGAACCCACAAAGAGACCUUCAUCCUUGCAGUGGACGUGGGGACAACGUCCAUGAGGUGUCACAUCUAUGAUAAGGAGGCCUCUGUUCGGGGCUCCUGCAGCACCAAGGUCAAUGUGCUGCACCCACAGCCAGGUUGGGUGGAGAUGGACCCUGAGGAGAUAUGGAGAGGAUUCGUGGCAGUGGUCAAAGGUGCUCUACAGGACUCUGGGCUCCAUGCGAAGCAGAUGGCGGCGCUGGGCAUCUCCACCCAGAGAGGAACGUUCACGACAUGGGACAGGAGGACAGGUGUCCCUUUCCACAACUUCAUUGGCUGGCAGGACCUGCGUGCCGCACAGCUUGUCCAGCGCUGGAACCGCUCCUGCACCAUGAAGCUCGUCCACGGCGUCAUGAAGCUGCUGCACUUGUUGACCAGACAGAAGCGCUUCCUGGCCGCCAGCCUCGUGGUCUUCUCCACCCAGCAUGUGACCUUCCGCCUGCUUUGGGCCCUGCGCCACCACGCCCAGGUGCGCCAUGCUGUACUCGAUGACAACUGCUGCUUUGGCACCAUCGAUACCUGGCUGGUCUUCAGACUCACCAAUGGCACCGUUCAUGCCACCGACUGCUCCAACGCCAGCUCCACAGGUGUUUUUGACACCUAUCAAAUGUGCUGGAGCGGCUUCCUGUGUGCCCUGGUGUCCCUGCCCCUGUCCAUCUUCCCCUCGGUCCAGGACACGGGCCACCACUUCGGCUUGACCGCUCCCGCCAUCUUCGGAGCACCCAUACCCAUCACAUGUGUUAUGGCAGACCAGCAGGCGGCCAUGUUUGGCGAGUGUUGCUUUGAUACUGGAGACCUGAAGAUCACGAUGGGCACGGGCACCUUCAUGGACAUCAACACGGGCUCCAAACCGCACACGUCUGUGGCAGGCCUAUACCCCCUGGUGGGCUGGAAGAUGGGACCCGAGCUGGUGUACCUGGCCGAGGGCAACGCGGCCGACACGGGGACGGCCAUCAAGUGGGCACAGGAGCUGGAGCUCUUCUCGGACGUGCGGGACACGGAGGCGAUGGCGAGCAGCGUGGACAACUCCGACGGGGUCUGCUUUGUCCCCUCGUUCAGCGGCUUGCAGGCUCCUCUCAAUGACCCCAGAGCAUGUGCUGCUUUUAUGGGCUUGAAACCUUCAACCAACAAGUGCCACCUGGUGCGUUCCAUCUUGGAGUCGGUAGCAUUCAGGAACAAGCAGCUGUAUGACAUCAUGCUGCGCGAAACACGUAUCCCCAUCACCAAGAUCAGGGCGGAUGGAGGUGUUUGCACCAAUAACUUCAUCAUGCAGAUGACAGCCGACCUGCUGGGGAAGAAGGUGGAGCGUCCAAGCCAUUUCGACAUGUCCAGCCUGGGAGCGGCGUUCAUGGCUGGCCUGGCAGUGGGCUUCUGGAAGAGUCCAGAGGAGCUGAAGAAGCUUCGCUGCACGGACACGGUGUUCAUACCGCAGGCCGAGCUGGGUACCUACCGACCUCUCCUCCGUGGCUGGGAGCAGGCGCUGCGGCGCUCCAUGUGCUGGUACGACCAGAGUUGACGGCUGAUGGAGUCGCGCUCGCAUAACACCUAAAGUAGGUGAUUGGAGCGCUUCUUGCGGACUGCGUCUGGUGUCCACUACUUGUUUCGCAGGGUCAUUCCGCUCACCUGAAGCGAAUUGGCAGAACCGCCGUGAUGGAGGUUUGGGUAGAUCGCUGAUCAAAAUGUUUUCAAUUGCUUUGUUGACUGUGAUUCACUGAUUGUUUACCGUGCUCUGGUUGGGACUGCUGCCCUCAGUGCAUUGCUUCUGAGUCAACGACCGUCUGUCUCGCCACGACCGAAGAAGCCAUAAAGAACCAAAGACAAACAUGAGGAUGAAUGUCCUCGGCCUGCGGGUCGGGGGCCUUUGAGCCGCUUCUCCGUCCAGCUUACCUGCUGCUUUCCAGGUGCUACAAAAAGAGCCCUGGUGCAUUGUGAGUAGGACCUGGUGCAUUGUGGGUAGGACCCAGUGCCUCGUAGGGGAGCAAGUCUGAUCCGAGCUGGACUCCUGCAGCUGAACCCUUGAUCAGGCCCCGUCUGUGAAAUGAGAGAUUGAGGUUCUGGCUGUGAAAUCUCGACCGUAGUCCUCUCAGUUUUAAAAAAAAAAAAAAAAAAGUUACAUGUG